UGGAGUCCUCUGCAUGACAGGCUCUUCUCUGAGCUCAGCCCACUUCCCGGCACCAUCGAGGCUCAGGCUGGGACCCUGAGGAGCAGAGAAGGCUGCAGAAGGCAGAUGGCGUGGAGGUGGCCUCAGGCCUGGUGGGUUCAUCGGGAGCAGCGGGCCUGGGAUCUGGCCCUCCGCACCUGGGAGCCGAUGGGCCUGAGCGGGCUGUGCGCCCAGGCCCGAGCAGAGGCAGCCUUCAUUCCAGGCAAUUGCCCCCCACUCCCCUGCUCCCCGAGUGCAGCCAGCGUGCAGUCCCCCAGCGGGCCCACCUCCACCGAGGUGCUGAGGUUCGUCCAGGACGCAGAGACGGGAUGUUGGAGACAGCCACCGGACACAUCUGGACACACGCGGAACCGCUCUGCAUGGCCGCCUCGGGCCAGUGUGGAAGCGCUGGUCCAUGCUCAGGCAGCGCUUGCAGACAGAGCCAGGGCUGGAACCUGGAACCAGCCGUUCCUGCUGCCGCUCUGUGGAAGUCCCCACUGCUGAUCUCACAGCCCCUCUGCUUUCCCUCCACCUGGUGCCCAGCACCCCUCUCCGCUCCCGAGCUCGAGCUCCACUGCCCUCGUUCCCCUGACCUCACCUGCUUUCUGUGUGACUGAAGCAAGUCACUUCAUCCCCCGGCCCCACCGUGUCCCCGCUUCCCCAGCUGAGCCUUCAGGCUCUGCAGGCUCCCCUCCAGCCCCACCCCCCAGUACAGAAUGGGUACGUCUGUGACCCACACCAAAGAGUCCAUUUGCACAGAAGUGUGAGUGUGCGGUGCAGUUCUGCUGACGUACUAUGGGGGAGAGGGUUAGACCGGUCACGUGUCGCCCCACAAAGGCCCCCCUGGUGCCCCCGCCUGCAUCUGUCUCCCCGGCGACCCCCCUCCAUGCAGCAUCUGGUCCCACCGCUUCUCCCCCAUGAUGACCGUGAUGCAGAGCGAUGCUGCCCUGUCCCAACUUGCUGGCCCCGGGUUCAGAUGCCGCCUGGUAACUACUUGUCCUGGAAAGGAGGCGCCCGACCCUGCCAAGUGGCUUCUCAGCAUCUUCUACCUAAUAGACGUUCUUGCCGGAAGGAAAUUCCAGGCCAGCUACUAAGAGAAUAAAA